AUACUUUGCUUUAUGCGUGAGUUAUUUUAGUAACUAUCAACCUUCAAAUGUCAACAUGCGAUAUGUAAACACUACCGGUGUAUUUGUUUACAUCAUUUCCGCUAUAAAAUGGAGCUAAAUUGGAGCAGCUUAAUGUUCUGCGGUGUUGUGCUUUUUCUAGGAUAUAUUUCAGCACAGGUUUUCAAUUUACUCGUUAGUUUCAACAGAAAAUUUCGGGCACUUCGUAAACUACCCCAGCUACCCUCACACUGGCUUUAUGGACAUUCUCGAGAGUUAAAUGCUGAGUCAUCAAAAUCAUUUCUAGAUGUUUCAACGCGUGCCAUGGAAGAGCUGGACGCCAAAGUAUUCCUGUUGUGGUUUGGCUUGUUCCCUUUUGUACAUAUUUGCCACCCAGACACAUUUAAACAAGUCAACCAUAAGGUUUUAACAAAAGACACUAGUUCGGCCGGCCCAUAUCGUCUGCUGCAAGUGUUCAUUGGUGAAGGUCUUCUGGGAAGUAACGGGAAGAAGUGGGAAAGAAAUCGGAAACUACUUACGCCAGCCUUCCACUUCCACAUACUGUCAGGAUAUGUUUCUGUAAUGAAUAAAGCCGUCGAUACACUUACGGAUAAGCUUGAAACGGCUGCAGCCAACGGAAAAAGCGUGGACGUAUUCCCGUACAUCUGUCGAUCAGCUUUGGACGUCUUAGUAUCCUGUUCCCUGUCUAACGAAGGAAACUUUCAAGAUAAUCAAAAUUCGGAAUAUAUAAAUGGCGUUCAGAGAAUUCUUGAAAUUCACUUCCAACGCUAUCUUAAACCAUGGCAGCUGAUAGACUUUCUCUUCUACCUGUCUCCCACAGGGCGGGAAAUGAAACGACUGUGUAAAACUUCGAGGAAUUUCACUGAAACUAUUAUCAGAACAAGAAAGGAAGAACUGAAGAAAGAGCCAAGCAUAAAAGAAAAGAGACGCCUAGAUUUUCUGGACAUGCUCUUGACUGUACGUGAUGAACAAGGCAACGGGCUGACGUUUGAAGAAAUACAUGACGAAGUUGAUACCUUUACAUUUGCGGGUCACGACACGACAGCAUGUACGAUCAGCUGGACAAUGUAUGCACUUGGAUUACAUCGUGAAGCUCAGGAAUUAGUUUACCAAGAUGUGUGUGAUGUUCUUGGUAACGAAACAGAUGUCAAAACGGAACAUUUGGGGAAGUUUUCAUACCUGACACAAUUUAUAAAGGAAGCCUUGCGGUACUACAGUCCAGUCCCAGCAUUUACAAGACGAAAUGAACACCCUAUUGAAAUUGAUGGAUACGAAAUACCAAGCGGAACUGGAAUUAUUGUGCAGCCAUAUCUAAUUCAUCACAACAAGAACGUAUGGCAAGACCAUAACGAGUUUAGACCUGAACGGUUUGAUGCUGACAAUAGAGACGACAAUGAAAUUUAUGGAUUUUUGCCGUUCUCUGCAGGAUCAAGAAAUUGUAUCGGACAGGUGUUUGCCAUGAAUGAAGUGAAAAUAACGAUCGCCAAGUUGGUACACAAGUUUGAGAUUAUGAAAGACCCCGACCAUGAGACGGACAUUCGUCCUGAGAUUGUAAUGCGGCCAUCAAAUGGGAUAAAAUUGUUUCUCAAGAAAAGACAAAACUAAUACGUACAGUUUAUUCAGUGUUUAAGACCCCGACCAUGAGACAGACAUUCGUCCUAAGAUUGUAAUGCGGCCAUCAAAUUGGAUGAAAUUGUUUCUCAAGAAAAGACAAAACUAAUACAUACAGUUUAUUCAGUGUUUAAGACCUGCGAAUAGAGAUCAUCAAUGCACAAGAACCAUAACUCUACCUUGUUUAUUGAAUUAUUUCCAUCUCUAUGAUUUACUCAUAACCCUAUUAUCCGGAGCAUAUCCCAAAACAUAUUGAAGGGAUAUUGUUGAAACAAAAAAUGCAUUGUAUAAAAACUAUAACUCUACCUUGCUUACUAAUUGAAUUAUCGCUUUAUUUUUUAACUGGCAAUAACACUUUUGUCCGGAGCAAAACUCCAAUCCUAUUGAAGGGAUAUUGUUAAAAUUCGAACAGUUACAGAGACAACAGAGGGGAAGUGCAGUAUACAAGAACUGUAAUUCUGUCUCAUUUUGAAUCAUCUCCCUCAAUUUGAUUACUUGUAACUAGGGAUGGCAACGAAUAGCAUUUUUGGUAUUCGAAUAUUCGGUCAACCUUCCGAACGAAUAUUCGAAUAUUCGGUCAUUAAAUGAUCAACAAAUCAACUCAAAAUCCUACGUGUUUAUUAUACCCUAAUCAGCGACAUGUAUUAAUUCUACUUUCGUUUACACCGGAAGUAAUUCAGACAUUGACGAAUUUAGACUGACAAAUCGUUCUCAUCGCUUGUUCAUCUUUUGGAAUAUAAAAUAUUCGUUAUUUGCCUUCAUAUACAUAUAAUUUAUAUAUGGUUUAUUUAUUUCUUACAGGGAUAUAGCCCUCACGUAAGUGAGGGUCUCUGCACACUAUUACAAGUAGAUCGGAUGCUCGCGUGAAAUACUUCUAAACGACAGGAGGCAUUGCUUGCAUUUUAACAGUAGAUUCGCGUGUAAGCAUGAACAAUAUUUUCAAUCAAUUGAGGUGUUUUAGACUGUGGGGUUGGGGGAGCCUAGUAAGGAUAAUGUAAAGAAAAACAAAUAUUUGGCUUAAUUUUACUCUUUGUCUAAAUAUUUAGUACUAAUUAAAAAAAAUUAACAAUAUGAAAUACAUUUAUUUGUCAUAUCAAUCAGAUAAUCCGAUUUACGUCAAAAAUAUGCAUCCCAUUUGUCUUGUUUUCUUUACUUUUCGGCAUUUUUCUUUACUCAAAUACAUCUUUUAUUGACUUUGAUUGAAAUCCGAGUCAUUAGUUAAAGUAGUGCUGUCUGAUGAUUUUAAUUGCACGCGGUUCGCACCUACCGAAAACAAGGCGAGUAGUAUCGGAUUUACUUAAUUUGUGACCCUUAAAAUUUUCUAAAGGUAAGCAAUUAGCGGUAUUAACUACAGGGUACACUGUCAUCACCAUAGCGAUGUACAAUCUCGGCACGUUAAUAUACAAAAUGACUCGUCUGACAAAGACAGAAGCCAUUUUCGCGCGAAUUUAUAAUGAAAAGCGGGUUUUGGCAAAUCAGAUAAACCAACAUUUUUGGUUAAUUCAUUAGGCUUUUAUCUAUUUUUCAUGAUCUUACAUUUUUUUCCGAAUAUUCGAAUAGUGAAACAGUAUUCGAAUAUUCGUGUAAUUAACAAAUAUUCGUUGCCAUCCCUACUUAUAACACUUUUGUCCAGAGCAUAACACCAGUCCUAUUAAAAGGAUUUUGUUAUAACUUUAAACAAUGACAAAGGAUAUCAUGUUUAAGUGCUUUGUAAAACAACUGUAAUUCUAUAAUUCUAUCUUGCUUACAUUUUGAAUAUCUCCCUUUAUAAAUUGUUUGUCCAUAGCAUAAUUUGUUAACGGGACUUUGUUAAAGCUUUAAACAAUGACAGAGAUUAUUGAGAGGAAAUGCAUUGUACAAGAACCAUAUCUCAACCUUUCCUACUUUUUGAAAUAACACCCUUAAUCAAAUAUACUUGUACAAGGCAUAAAUCUUAGUACUGAAGGGAUUUUAUUCAAACCAAAGAUGGAGGCUGCUGACUGAAAGUCCAGUGUACAAGAAUGCUUUCCUUUUUAAUCAUUUUAAAUAUACUCCUUAUACUCUUUUUAUGAGCAGAACUCUAAAACUAUGAAAAUGAUUCUGUUAUAACUUCAGGCAAUAAUAGAGGUCAUUAAGAAGAACUGUAAGGCACAAGAACUUUGACUCUACUUCCUUCUUUAAUCAUCUCCCAUUAAACACCAUUUGUCCGAAGCAUAGCUCUUAAGUGCUGAAUGGAUUUAAUUGAAAUCACAUACAAGGAUGAAGUUUAUUGUGUCAAAGUGCAGUUGGCGACCGUACUUUUGGAAUUAUCUCCCUUUAUUUUACAGUAACUCAUAAAACUUUGCCUUUAAUAUGACCCCAAAAUAGUUGAAGGGAUUUUGUCCAAAUGUUUCACAACUGAUUUGAUGUUUGGUCAGUCAUCUAAAUUUUGUAAGAAUUACCUAUUUAUUUAUUUAUUUAUUACUGUGAUACUUUUGAUUUUUAUCUGGAACUAAAUAUAACAGUAUAAAUAUUUUUAAUGUUAAUAUGGAUACAGCAACAUUACAUACAAGAGAAUGGCUAUUCAAGUA